AUGACAUCUUUCUCCAAUUUUGAUGAGAAAACUUCGUUAAUAAAUUUAUGUGUUAAGACUUUGCAAGUAGAAAAAUUAUUUUUUACAUUUUUAGAUAGCUCCAUCUAGAAGAACAUAAAGUGAUUUAGCUCUACUGUUACAAUUAGUUGAAGCUAUUACAUUUUUUAAAAAUCUUCAAUCUCAAAAUCCUGACAUUGUACUCAAAUGUAUGACAGUCUUAAGUUAUAAGACUGUAAAAAAAGAGGAAGUAAACAAAUAAUUUAUAAUUUUAAGAUAUUGUUUCAUGUAGGAGAUUCAGGGUCCUUAUUUUACAUAAUUCUUAAAGGAUCUGUGGGAGUAUAUAUAUUAUUACCAAGUCCUGAAGAUUUCAAGAAAUUUGAAUUGAAAGAAGUGAAUAUAUUAAAGGCUGGAAAUAGUUUUGGUGAAUUAGCUUUGUUGAAUGAUAAUGCAAAACGAACAGCAACAAUAAUAGCAAAAGAGGAUUGUAUGUUUGCAGUAAUGGAGAAACAUCAUUUUAAAACUAUAUUAGGUGCAUAAGAAUAAUAAAAAGUCUAAGAUCGCAUAUCAUUCUUAUGUUCUGUAAAUAUAAGACAUUUUAUCUUAAAAAUAGUUUCCAUUUUUAUAAUCAUGGUCAUUCAGAGAAAUAAAAACUAUAAGUUAUCAUUUUGAACCAAUUUAAGUAACAUUAAAUUAAGCAGUCAUCAAAUAAAAUGAUUACUGCACUAAUUUUUAUAUUGUGAGAGAAGGGUACCAUAUCUAUUAUGUUAUUUAGAAAGUAAUUUCGAAGUAACUUACACAUUAAAUGAUUAAUAAAAAUAAAAGGGAAUCUUCUCAACACAUAGCAUGUGAAUUUUAUAAAUAAAAAUUAGAUGUGUAUUAGGACCAGGAGAGUUUUUUGGAGAAGAAGCAUUCUUAAUGGAUGAUGGAAAGACAUUUAUAUUAAAACUCUUUAAUAUCUUUUAGGUAAGAUGGGCAAGAGUGAAAUGCUCUAUUAUUUGUAGAAGUCAAUGUGGUUAAAUAUUUAGAAUAAGUAGAGAAGACAUAAUAAAGUAUUUAAAUCAUAUAAUUAUUUCAGGAGAUUUUGGGAUGAAAAAACACAAACUGUCUUUUUAUCAUUACUAUAGUCUAUUCACUAAUUUAGAUUGAAUAAAAUGAGUUAUUAUGAUUAAAUUGCAGAUGAUAAACUAAAAUAACUUAAUGGUUAAGAGGGAAUUGAUUAAUUUGUUAAACCUAUGCUCAAAGUUAAAGUUAGAAAUAACUGUGCAUUAAUAAGGAAAGAAACUAAAUAGGAAAAGUCUGAUUAGGUAUUUAAAUAAUAUUUAUAAGAAAGGAGUUUUAAUUUUAUAAGAAAUAGGAGAAAAAAGCCUUUGAAUAGUUUAAAAAGUUAUUUAAGGAUAGAAAUUGUUCUUAUGCUUAAGUUAAGACAUUUUUUGAUUAAAAAACUAUUGGUUCUCAAAAUUAUAUUGAUCGAGAUUCAUAUUUUAAAUUGUUUUUUAGAUUUCCAUCAUAAUUGAAGAAUAGCGAAAUAUCUCAAAGUUUAAAUUAGCCUCAACCAAGUACUGCAAGGACACAAUAUCGAUUAACGACAUAACCAAAGGAAGAGAAUGAGAAGAGUCCUCAAUUUUCAACAAAAUAAAGAACAUUAUUAAUAUUAUCAAAAUUGAAACUUAAUGAAGUGUUGCCAAAAUCCAAAACUAUCCAUAAUAAUAAUAGUCCAUUAAAUAUUCAGAGAUUAGAACUUAGAAGAUUUGGGACUUAGAGUUACUUAUAAAUGAAAUGA